UUUUUGCGGUUUGAAAUGUUCUGUGAGCAUAUUUUGAUUUAAAAUAAUGAUUAUGCUACAAAACAUGUUCGAGUUAUGCAAAGGGUCUGCUUUGAAAAAGUUUGAAAAGCUCCUACACGCGUGUUUACACAGCGCAUGCGCACGCUAAAAACCGGAAGUCCACAUUUAACCAAGAAAAAUAAUUCAUUCCCUCUUAAAUAGUAAACACAUUCACUUUGAAUGUACAUGAAGAAGCGUUAAGGGCUUCUGUGUCUCGUGUUCAGAUGCCUGGCUUUGAGUUGGAGCAGGUGGGGGGUGGCAAUCCUGUAGAUCUGCCCUAUGGAGAGAAUAUCCUGGGAAGAGGACCAUUUCUAGGUGUAAAUGAUAAGAGGGUGUCCAGAAACCACUGCAUACUGGAGAACAAGAAUGGUCACCUGCGGUUGAAGCCCACACACCUGAAUCCAUGUUUUAUUCAGACGAGCAUUGUGGCUGACCCGCAACCGCUGGAGAAGGACGUCUGGCACUUUUUGCGGGAAGGUGACGUCUUCUCUCUCAUGCCUGGAAGGUACAUUUACAGAGUGCACGUCAAGCAAGAGGAUAAAACCCCCAGAAACAGUCAGGGGUUUGAUGAGGAGAUGGAGGAGGAGAAGUGUUUGUCUGGAUCAGCAGAGAUCUCUGAAGACUCAUCCACACCUCAUGGCGAGAAAGACACGGCCAUUACCCAGAGUUCCACUCUCACAGGAAGUCAAACACAGGACACUUCUUCACACACCCAUUUCUCUCUUGAUGAGGCGCCUGCACUGCCACAGAAGAAGCGAAUCUUGCCAGACUGGAUGAUGGCUUGCGGUUCAGCUGGUAAAAGCCCAUCAUGUGCCAAAGGUGACAGCAAAGCUGUGAGAGGGACCCCAAAACAACCCAAGCGAGCGGCUACACCCAAAGUGGCAACCGAAUCCAAGCGGCCACGUGCUGAACAUGUGUCCUCUGAGGAAGAGGAGGAUGAGGUGCCAAGGAGGAAGGCAAAGAGGUUGAAGAGUGACUCUGAAGAUGAGUUGGGUGAUGCAACAGCACUUAAGAGCACAAGCGUCGGAUCAGUCCGUGACGAGGCGAGUGGCGAAUCCGACAGCACCGGAUUGAUGGAGCGUGAUAAUGGGAUGACAAAGGGAGACGUCGCGGGAGCUAGAGUUCAAUCUGAUGAUUCGCAAACACAAGAUUCCAGUAACCUUCAGGUCGAUCAAGGACCUUCGCAGCAGGGGUCAAAGGUCAAAGAGUCUGACAGCAAAACAAGCAUUAGAAUGGAGAAGAAACAGCGAAGGACACCUUGUCCUUACGGCAGCUCCUGUUACAGGAAAAAUCCUCUGCAUUUUCAGGAAAGCAGUCAUCCUGGAGACAGUGACUAUGAGGAAGAGCAGACAGAAGAUGGCGAGGAUGAUGAGAGGCCAGAGUGCCCGUAUGGGACUCACUGCUACAGGAAGAAUCCACUCCACAAGAAAGAGUACAAACACACAAAAUCUCCACCCAAGAGUCCUGCUGCUGCUGAUGAUGAUGAAGAUGAAGAUAAGUACGACGCAAGUUUUAUUAACGAUGACAGCGAGGAAGAGGAUGUUGAUGAAGACUCGGAGUACGUGCCAGAAUCAGACGACAGUGGAAAAGAGGACAUUAAACGCCUACAAAAGGAGGCGAAAGCAUUUCUAAGGAAAAAGAAAUGACACGUUUUUGGCCUUAUACAUUUGAUAACACACACAACGUCCCUUUCUUCGAUUGCUAAGAGCUUGACAAAAUAUCCUUUUAGUUUCAAGCAAACUUUUAUAUUUACUGACGUAUAUGUGACUGUUUUUAUAGAGUCUGCAGUUUUAUGAAAGAGUUUGUUUAUUGUAUGCAUUCAGUUAAUUAUAAUUGUGUGUGGUUUAUAUUGACUUGACCUGUACAUUCUUUCCAGUCAUCCAUCGAAAAACAUCUUUAAAAACAUACAAGUAUCCUAGUUAGUUGAGGGACACAAACGUUUUAAAGUAAAAUUGCUAUGAUUGAUA